ACUUCAUUGACUAACCCGUCUUCAAAAAUCUUCCAAAAACUUCAAUUCUAAAAACUUCUUUUCUUCCUUUUCUUUCUGAAGGGCAUGAUGAUCUUCAAAUGAAAGAGCGGCAACGUUGGCAACCAGGAGAAGACGCACUCCUCAAAGCCUAUGUCAAACAAUAUGGCCCAAAAGAAUGGAACCUUAUUUCACAACGCAUGGGAAAACCUCUUAACCGUGAUCCAAAAUCCUGCCUGGAACGUUGGAAAAACUAUCUCAAACCAGGCAUCAAAAAAGGGUCCUUAACUCUGGAAGAGCAAUCCCUAGUCAUCUCCCUCCAAGCGAAGUACGGCAACAAGUGGAAGAAAAUAGCCGGCGAAGUACCUGGCCGUACACCGAAAAGACUUGGCAAGUGGUGGGAGGUUUUCAAAGAAAAGCAGCUCAAACAAUUGCAGAAGAAUCAAGGCAGGAUAGAAUUUUCCCCCGAAGGUACUAGUAGUACUAUUACUCCGCCUGCAUCUUCAUCUCCAGGUCAAUACGAUCACAUUCUCGAAACCUUUGCCGAAAAAUACGUUCAACCAAAUAACAAUUUUUUUGCUAAUUAUUCCACCAUAAAUUUAUCUCCCAUUAUGCCUCCCACCAUUUCCUUACCUGACCCUGACCCAGUUCUCUCACUCGGUUCGGGAAGUUCAGGGACUGCCAGGACGUCGUCUUCUGUUGUUUUGCCACUCUGGAUGAAUCACAAUCACCCUUCUUCGUUGUCAUCUUCAACUUCAUCCACCACUCCAUCCCCGUCUGUGAGCUUGUCGCUAUCGCCAGGAGAGGCGGGUCUUGACCCGGACUUGAUCCGGUUCAUGCCGGGCCAAGUUAGUACCAUGGUGCAAUACUGUAAGGAGUUGGAGGAAGGGAGGCAAAGCUGGAUGCAACAUAAGAAGGAAGCAACGUGGAGACUGAGCAGGUUGGAGCAGCAGCUUGAGUCAGAGAAGGCAAGGAAAAGGAGAGAAAAGAUGGAGGAGAUAGAGUCAAAGAUAAGGUCCUUGAGAGAAGAGGAGAUGGCGUUUCUUGGGAGGAUUGAGAGUGAGUGUAAAGAGCAGUGGAAUGUUUUACAAAGAGAUGCUGAAACCAAAGAAACUAAGCUAAUGGAAGCCUGGUGUAGUAAGCAUGUUAAGUUGGCUAAGCUUAUGGAGCAGAUUGGUUGCAGUGCUCAAUCUCCACCUUGACUUCACCUAAAAAAUGUUUUACAUCAAAAUAUUUUGUUUAUCAUCAUAUGCUUUGAAAAUUUGUCUUUAGCUUUGGUUUUGGUGUUGAUGUUUAUGUUCUUCUGUCAUUUAUGCUUCUUGAAUCUUUGA